AUGCACAUUAAACGUGUGCGGAAUCCCGACAAAAUUGUGCAACCGGCUAAUGAAUCCCUCACUUUAAUCGCGUUAGUGCAUCACCGAGCAUAUACCGCGAAUGGGACACACGGCACGCAUCUUAUUUAUUUGCCGGCCGCGCGGAAGGCGAUAUCGCGCCGGGCGCGGACUCGCACCUAUACGUAUCCCCGCUCAGCGGAGCGGCCAUGUUUCGCCCGCUGCGCCGCGACCGCCCGACUCGGAAGCGGCCCGCCAGUUUCACGCGGGCUCUCGGACGCGCCGUCGCGUACCGCGCUCGCGAGCGCACUGACCACGCUCCGAAGCGACCCCCCCCUAAUUUCGAACGUCGCGCUCCAAAUUCAAAUUUCCUCCCGCGUAAACUUUUUUUUGGAGCCGCGCGCGUCGCCCGUCGCGAUGGUCCGCACGAAGGACGCCGACGGCAUCAAGAGCAGCCAGAUCGUGUCGGAGGUGGAGCGGAGGCCGUGCCUCUUCGACACCAACCACGCGAACUACGGCGACCGGGCGGCGAAGGCGCGCUGCUGGGACGAGGUGUGCGAGAGCGUAGUGCCCGGCUGGCGUGCGCUGGGGCAAGCGGAGAGGCUGACCGCGGGUACGUUAGACGGACGAUUUGCGAACGACGCGGCCGCGGAGCGCGCGCGGCGCACGCAACGCGCCACGCGAACCGGUCGGGUUGCAAUUGUCGCGUGCGACUUGCGUUGCCCUUUGUUCGUGCGUUUCGACUCCUCUUUCAAAAUACGCUCACUGCGUGUACAUGGCACCGUGGAUAUGCUGCAAACUAAAUUAUCGCAGAAGAAUGCGGCGGUAGAAAACAGUGCGGCGUUCGUGACUCAAUCGACGCAGGGGCCGUCAGGCGGCCGUUUAUCGUCGCUGCGUAUUUGCGGGCGGCUAAUCUCGCUCGCGUCCCAUCCAUUGGCGCUUUUG